CUCAUAAACGUGUAUUUAAACGUUAUGGACUGUGCCUCCAAAUCUAGACUAUUCUAUUCUACAGAAACUGCAAAACAGCGUUGAUUGCGCCAACCGGAAGAAGUGUUGAGGAUCAUACAGAAUGGAAGCGGCAGCUGCUCUUCGGCCUUCGGUCGGCGUCUGUUGUGGGCCAGUCAAGUCCGGCUUCCUUUCUAUCCAUGUCGCGCCGGAUUCUUUCAGAUUCCGAUCCAAUUCCCCGUUUUCUGCAUCUAGGAUCAAGCUGCACCCUUCUGUUUCUCAUGUGAAGUCAGGCAAUCAGAGAGUGGGAUUUAGGAGUGCAAGAUGCAAUUCAAUUAGAGCGUCAUUGUCACCUUCUGAUUCUGGAGAUUCUGAUGUCCCCAUUGCUCCACUUCAAUUUGAAUCUCCAAUUGGACAAUUUCUCUCUCAGAUUUUGACGAAUCAUCCACAUCUUGUCCCUGCGGCAGUUGAUCAGCAACUUGAACAGCUUCAGAACGAUGAUGAUGCAGAUAAGCAGAAGGAUGAACCAUCUGUAUCUGGCACCGACCUAGUUUUGUACAGGAGAAUUGCAGAGGUCAAGGCCAAAGAGAGGAAAAAAGCCCUGGAAGAGAUAUUGUAUGCAUUGGUGGUGCAGAAAUUCAUGGAUGCUGGGGUACCUUUGAUUCCAGCCAUAACUUCACCAUCAUCGGAUUCUUCUGGUCGGGUAGAUAUAUGGCCUGGUAAAGAUGAGCAACUUGUAUGCCUUCAUUCACCUGAAGCUUACGAGAUGAUUCAAAACCACCUAUCUCUCAUUCUAGGAAAUAGAUUGGGUGAUGGUGAUAUUCAAAUAAGCAAGUUUAGAGUUGGCCAGGUUUAUGCUGCAUCUGUCAUGUAUGGCUACUUCCUUAAGCGGGUUGACCAGAGAUUCCAGCUAGAGAAGAACAUUAAAGUUCUUCCUGAGGGAGUAGACAGAGAAGGUAGUGACAUUCUGCAAGUUACAGGGGAAGAGUUGAGAUCUGAUGAUAGCUAUAAUGCUCCUUUGAGCUCCACACAAUCCCAUCCUGAAGUCGAAUCAUUUUCUGCUGGCGAUAUCAGUCCCGGGGGUCUCGGCCAUGGAAUAAAGCCAUCAAGAUUGAGAUCCUAUGUGAUGGCACUCGAUGCGGAAACUCUUCAGAGAUACGCAAACAUCAGAUCCAAAGAAGCCAUAGGAAUGAUUGAGAAACAUACUGAAGCAUUGUUUGGUAGACCUGAGAUUGGUAUCACACCUCAAGGAACCAUAGAUUCUUCCAAAGAUGAAGUUAUUAAAAUUAGUUUCAGUGGUCUGAAAAGGCUUGUUAUGGAGGCUGUCACUUUAGGGUCCUUCCUUUGGGACGUCGAGAGCUAUGUCGAUUCAAGGUACCAUUUUGUUACCCAGUGAUCAUUUGUCACACUGCAUCACACAAUUGUAUCUGCUGGAGGAUUAGAUGAGUGAAUGCAGUACCAUUCUAGGGGUAAAUGCAAUUAUUCUUGUGUCGAUUAUUUGUACAUAAUUACAGUAUUUUGAUGAUUUAAUGAUAUACUGCUUGCUAAACUUUACCAAAAGUCCAAAAUUAACUUCUCAGAUGAGCUAUUGAUGCGAGAA